UCUAAGCUCUGAUGUUCUCUAGCUCUGUUUCUUUUCAUCAUACCUCAAAGGAGUUUUGCAAUUUCGAUCACCGAUAAAAGCAUCCUCCGGUUGGUUGCGUUCCGUAGACGGAGAAGCUUUUUCUCCUCGCAUAUUUUGGAAUUUCGUGUCUUCGGCUUGCACCGCUAAGGAGGGUUAAAUCUCUAUUAAAAAGCUAAUAAAUGAUAAAUGGGAAAUCGUGGCCAAAAGCGUACUGAAAUGGUGGAUAGAUUACCGGCAGACAAACGGGCUUGCAGUUCACUGGAAUUCAGACCAAGCUCGUCUAAUUCAUCUAUGCAAAUGCACGUGACGGUCAUUAAUUCAAGUUCAGGCUUUCAUGAUAAUGACAUGGACACUUCACCAUCUGCUUCUGCCUCUAGUCGUUCAGAAGGAGAAUAUGAUAAGGAUUCAGCCUACGGCUCUUGUGAUUCUGAUGAUGCAGAACAAAAACAUAGUGAUCUUCGGAAUUAUCAGAGGCAAAGAUCGUCUAGUGAUCAUGGACGAUUGAAAAGGAUUUUGUCAAGCUUGGGUGAAGAAUCUGAGCUGUCUGCACAAAGAACACUGCUAGUGGAGCUAUGUGAAGUUUUAUCAUUCUGUAUGGAGAAUUCACUAUCGAGCAUGACAUCAGAUUCAUUAUCUAUAGUUCUUGUAAAUCUGGUGAAACUUGAUAGCGACCCGGAGAUAGUGCUUUUGGCUCUAAGGGCUAUAACUUAUUUAUGUGAUGUUUACCCCAGAUCUUCUAGUUUUCUAGUUCGUCAUGAUGGAGUACGUGCCCUCUGUCAGAUGCUAGGAGUUAUUAAGUAUUUGGAUGUUGCUGAACAGUGUUUGAUAGCAUUGGAAAAAAUAUCACGGGAACAACCUGUCGCCUGCUUGGAGGCUGGUGCAGUUAUGGCUGUUUUAACUUACAUUGAUUUUUUUUCUACUAGCAUACAAAGGACUGCUCUUCGUACUGUGGUGAAUGUCUGCAGAAAACUUCCUUCUGAGUGUCCACCAACUUUGAUUGAUGCUGUUCCUAUACUAUGCAAUCUCCUUCAGUAUGAAGAUGGGCAGCUAUCAGAGAAUGUGGCUUUAUGCAUGAUUAAAAUAGUUGAGCGUGUCAGUCAAUCCUGUGAGCUUUUGGAUGGUCUCUGUCGUCAUGGGCUGAUUCAACAAGUCAUUCACCUUAUAAACUUGAAUAGUCGAACGACUUUGUCCCAGACCACUUACAAUGAUUUGCUUGGUGUACUUGUCAAACUAUCUUCAGGAUCAACUGUUGCUUUCAAAACUCUUUAUGAGCUAAACAUUAGCAACACUUUGAAGGACAUAUUAUCUGCUUACAAUCUCUCGCAUGGAAUGUCUUCUUCAUGUUCUGUAGUUGACGGGCAGCGCAACCAGGUAUGUGAAGUCCUGAAAUUACUUAACGAGCUUCUCCCCACUGGAGAUGCAAAUGCAGAAGAAUUGUCCGAAAAAGUAUCUUUUUUAGUCAGUAAUCCCAAGAAACUGCAGAAGUUUGGCUUGGAUGUACUUCCUUUGCUUGUUCAGGUGGUUAGUUCUGGUGCAAACUUGUAUGUUUGUUGUGGCUGCCUAACUAUUAUCUACAAGUUUGUCUGUUUGGGUGAAUCUGACAUGCUUGUCGAGUUGCUUCAGAACACCAAUAUUUCUAGUUUCCUGGCUGGAGUAUUUACUCGAAAAGACCACCAUGUGCUGAUGUUAGCUUUAAAAAUCACUGAGAUUAUCCUGCAAAAGCUCUCUAGUAUAUUUUUUAAAUCAUUUGUUAAGGAGGGUGUUUAUUUUGCAAUUGAUGCACUGAUAACCCCAGAGAAGUAUAAACAGUUGAUUUUCCCAGUGUUUACUGGUGUCCACCCUUCAAUUGGUUCAUGUCAAAAGUCUUCAAGAGAAAAUGCAAGAUGCUUAUGUUAUGCCUUUUUGAGUGGCUGUUUCUCCUCAACGGAAGAAACAGGAAACUGCAAGCUUGACAAGGACUCUGUUUAUAGUCUUGCAUAUCACAUAAGAACCCAUUAUUUUUCUGAAGAAUUAUGUGACACUGAUAAAGGAGUGACAGAUAUUCUUCAAAAUCUUCAAACUCUUUCUGGUUCUCUAGAUGAUCUAUUGAACUUGUCCUUAAUUAAGGAUACUCCAGCGCAGGAUGAAGAAAAUUUUUAUGCUUUAUUGGCUGAGAUUAUGUCAAAGCUGAAGUGUGGCGAGCCCAUAUCCACCUUUGAAUUUAUCGAAAGUGGAAUUGUCAAGUCAUUUAUAAAUUACCUAACUAAUGGUCAGUAUAUGAGGAAAAAGGGAGAACCACAUAUUAUAUCUAGACAAUUCUCAAUUAUGGAAAGAAGAUUUGAGGUUUUUGCAAGGCUUCUCUUAUCUAGUGCAGAACCCCCGUCUGAAAGCUUGCCAGUUUUGGUCUUGAUAAGGAAAUUACAAACCUCACUGUCGUCUUUAGAAAACUUUCCUGUUGUUUCUAGCCAGGGACUCAAACACAGGAAUUAUUUUGCUACGGUUCCAAAUGGUCGGUGCAUACCACAUCCUUGUGUGAAAGUUCGGUUUGUGAGAGGAGACGGGGAAACAGAUCUCUGCAACUAUACUGGGGAUAUCCAUACUGUUGACCCCUUUUCUUCUUUGAAUGCCAUCGAAGGGUUUCUGUGGUCCAAAGUUGGCACAAAAAAAGCUGAGCAGUCCUUUGAAGCAGAUAGCCUGAGGGAACAUCAAAUUAAACUCCUCUCAAAUGUAUGUUAUGGUUGGGGUGUUAACCCAAAACUAGUAGGGUCUGACAGCAUGUCCACAGAUUUGUCUGAAACUCAGGGAUCUACAGAAGUCAACACCGAUGAGAAAUUACAGUAUUCUGUAUCUUGCAGUAAGAAAGGCAUGAAGCCCAAAUUGUUACUUUACCUUGAGGGAAAGCAGCUGGAGCCCACUUUGACACUUUAUCAGGCAAUUCUUCAACAACACAUGAAAGAAAAUGAAACUAUUUCUGGGACAAAAUUGUGGAACAAAGUAUAUACUCUAACAUAUAAAAGUGCUGGAGAAAGUGAGGACAACAGUUCUAACGAAUUACUUUCUGCGUCAGACAAAGCUGCAACGUUGAAGUUCUCUUCAUUUUUCCAUGGUCUAGAUUGUAUUCUGCCUUCUGACUUGGCAAAAGAAAGUCCUGCUUAUGAUGUUUUAUUUCUUCUAAGGAGCAUAGAGGGCAUGAACAGAAUGGCAUUUCACAUAAUGUCACAUGAAAGGAUUCGUGCUUUUGCUGAAGGGAGAAUUAAUACCUUGGACAAUAUAAAGCUAUCAUUUCCUUCAGUGCCGCAGAAUGAAUUUGUAAACAGCAAACUGACUGAAAAACUUGAACAGCAGAUGAGGGACUUUUCUGCGUUUUCUAUUGGUGGCAUGCCUUUAUGGUGUAAGGAACUUAUGGAUUCAUGCCCUUUCUUAUUUAGUUUUGAUGCUAGAUGCAAGUACUUUCGGAUAGUAGCAUUUGCCAUGUCGCAUCGCCAGCCAUAUAUAAGAUCAUACAGUGACUUAAGGACCUCAAAUGACGAACGAUCAAAUUCUGGUGGCUUGCCUCGUAAGAAGGUAUUAGUACACCGCAACAAAAUUCUAGAUUCUGCUGUCAAAAUGAUGGAUCAGUAUGCACAUCAGAAAGUACUGCUUGAGGUGGAAUACGAUGAAGAAGUUGGCACAGGGCUUGGUCCAACAUUAGAAUUCUAUACUCUUGUCGGUCGUGAAUUUCAGAAGUUUGACCUUGGAAUGUGGAGAGGGGAUCAUGGUGCUCUUAUUUCCAUAGAGGGUAGAGAAACUGUUGAAUCUCCAUUUGGGCUUUUCCCCCGUCCAUGGCCAUCAACCCUGGAUACUCAUGAGCUAUAUUUUUCCGAAGUAGUUAAAAAGUUUGUACUUCUAGGGAAAAUUGUGGCAAGGGCCAUCCAAGAUGGUAGGGUUAUGGAUAUCUACUUCUCCAAAGCCUUCUAUAAAUUAAUACUUGGGCAGGAGGUGAGUAUAUAUGACAUCCAAUCAUUUGAUCCAGAACUUGGAACUGCUUUGCUCGAGUUUCAAGCUCUGGUCGACAGAGGUAAAUUGUUAGAAUCUGUCUGUGAAGAAAACUCGUCGGCCAAACUUGAAUUUUGUUACCAUAAUACCAAUAUUGAGGAUCUUUGCCUUGAUUUUACUGUUCCUGGUUAUCCUGAUUAUCUCCUGAUCUCAUCUCAAGAUCAUACAAUGGUAAAUACAAAAAAUUUGGAGGAUUACGUCUCUCUUGUUGUAGAUGCUACUUUAAAUUCUGGAAUUUCGAGGCAAAUAGAAGCAUUUAAAUCUGGAUUUAAUCAGGUUUUCCCCAUAGAACAUCUUCAAGUUUUUACUGCAGAAGAAUUAGAGCGCUUAAUAUGUGGAGAACACGACUCUUGGGCUUUGAAUGAACUCCUUGAGAAUGUGAAGUUUGACCACGGAUAUACAGCCAGUAGCCCCUCCAUUGUUAAUUUGCUUGAAAUUAUUCAAGAGUUCGACAACGAACAUCAACGAGCAUUUCUACAGUUUGUGACUGGGGCGCCAAGGCUUCCUUCUGGAGGCUUCGCUUCUCUAAAUCCGAAGUUGACUAUAGUUCGAAAGCAUUCUAGCAAUCUGGUUGAUUCUGACUUGCCUAGUGUGAUGACCUGUGCAAACUAUCUAAAGUUGCCUCCGUACUCUUCAAAGGAGAUAAUGAAAGAGAAGCUUUUAUACGCCAUCACGGAAGGACAAGGCUCGUUUCACCUAUCGUAGGAUCUUCAAGUUUCUUAACAUAUGUAAAAAGUGAAAUUGGUAAUUAUGAGAGUAGAGCUAUAACAAAGGUGAAAAUGGAGGAAGAAGAUCAGAUUGUGGGUGAAUAAGAGGAGGCUGCUUCUUCAUUUGGUGGGUAAGUUCCAAUGUACAGCCUCCUCUUAGAUUUAUUGGCAUGGUCUCCCAUUUUACUUUUAACCCAUGCUGACACUGUAAAUAAUCUCCACGGUAAAAAUUAGCUCGUCCUACUUGCUUUCUUUUAUUGAGCAUAGAAUCUGUGCCAUAUGGAGUUGAAUGUGUUUAAUUUUCUGGCCUAA